AGACAAAACAUGGAACAGAGUCUGACAAUAUCAUAAGUAUAACAAUAUUUAUGAGGGACACAAAUGACAGCCAUUUUGUGGAAUGACCCUCCUCGUUUAAAGUUGGGAGACCUGCGUGACAAGCUGGCCCUUGGCAAGCUGACUAACAUAUCAUUCCUGGUUGUCAACGAGCAGGAUGCUCAGUCCAGAGCCAUGUACUGGGAGCUGAAGAGGAGGACGGCAGAGGGCAUCCCUGUGUAUCAACAGAGCCCACUGCAAAACGACGUCUGGGACAUCUUGGAGGGAGACAAGGAUGAUUUCUUAGUUUAUGACAGAUGUGGAUAUCUCACCUUCCACAUUGCCCUGCCCUUCAGUUUCCUUCACUUCCCUUAUAUAGAAGCUGCCAUCAGGUCUACAUACCACAAAAAUAUAUGCAACUGCUCAUUAAAUGCAAACUUCUCCAUAUCAGAAGGCUUUGAAAACAACAAAAAUGAUACAAAUGAGCCUACCGAAGAGAGCAAGACUAGCAAUACAGAGCCUGUAACUGUUGAGCAUCAUCACCGUCAACAUGAGGAUCAUCAUCAUCAUCACCAACAUGUGCAUUCAGAUUCAGAUGUGCAGAUGAUUCAGAUGUGACCUCCGUACCAAAGGGGCCAAUCCAGCAUUCACAUCAAGAACAUAGUCAUUAAAACAGUUAGUUUUGUUUGUUUGCUUUUUUUUUUUGUUUAAAAAUAUACGCUUUUUUUUUAUCAACGGAGCUGCUCUUAAGUCAGACCUUAUAUUGACCUUAAAGGGGGAAUUCAGUUGGUUUUCAUUGCUCUUAAUGAAGUGUGCACUUUAAACCUGACUCAGGGGUCUGCAUACUGAUGUUGAGCAGAAGAGUCGUUCACACUAGACUUCUGUUUUCCUCCUUCCUUUUAGGGAAUAUCUGAGUGUGCUGAACUAAAGAGUUUGCUUUGUGUAUUAUUUGUUAACUGCCCUGUAUUUAUAUGAUGUGUUAAGGAAAUGUUCAUGACCCAGAGUGGUAAUAUAUACAAAGAGCUUUAAAAAAAAUAAAUCUACAUAUACAGUGGUGUGAAAAAGCGUUGG